CAGUUGAAUAGCCUCAGUGAACUGUUUACAAUGGCAAAUUAGGUAGAAUUGGACUUGGAGAGCAGCAGAGUGGUAUUGCAAUACAUCAGAGGAAGUCACACCCCGAGUAAACCCUGAAGGCAUUGUAGAGAAAGAGAUUGCACUCAUUUCUGUUUGGCUUUCUCCAGAUAUAGUUCAGACACUUACUACCACAGCCAUCAGAAGACUGAUUCAACAGGGUUCACUGGACUGAUGACAAGUAUGCAACAGUAUUGGACCACAGAAAGAGGUCUCACUGGAGGCACAGGUAAUAUGAGUCUGGAAUCAGAGGUGAGGAAUCUGACGUGCGAUUGUCCCAUUGACAGCUUCAAGCGCAGCGUGUUUCCUGCUGCAUACCUGCUCUUCUUCUUCCUGGGCCUGAUAGCCAACAGUGCCUCCCUCUGGGUCUUUCUGAGCAUGUACAGGAGGAAGAGGAGUAUCACCACAGUCAACCUGUACAUGUUGAACCUGCUGUUGUCUGACCUCAUGCUGGUGUGCUCACUGCCACUCAGGGCAGCAUACUACUUGCUGGACUCCCAUUGGCCGUUUGGGGACAUCACCUGCCGCCUGGUCUCUUAUGUAUUCUAUAUCAACAUGUAUGGCUCUGUCUACUUCCUGCUGGCCCUGAGUGUCCUCCGUUACCUGGCCGUAUCGCGCCCCUAUACGUUCAUGAAUCUGGAGGGGGGAUCCUGUGGUUGGGGAGGGUGUCUACUCAUCUGGAUCUUUGUGUCCCUGGCCUCCGCACCCCUACUGAGUUCUGGGACUAUCCACGAGGGGGAAGAGCGGACCCGCUGUCUGGAAUUGGGCAGCAGCCUUGGCACCAUCAUCGUCCUGAACCGUGCUGCCCUGGUGGUUGGCUUCACCCUGCCCUUCACUGUCAUCUCUGUCUGCUACGCGUGUGUGCUGCUCAGCUUGAGGCAGUGUAGGGCUGGGGUGGAGGGGAUGAAGAGGCCCUCCAGGAGGAAGUCUUGUGCCCUCGUUAUCCUCGGUCUCGGCAUCUUCAUGAUCUGCUUCUUGCCCUAUCAUGUAGUACGAACCUUCUUCCUGGCAGCAGAGCGGAAUGCUCAGCUAAAUGGUUGUGUGGAUUCUUGCAGCUAUCUCCAAGGGAUUCGGAAGGCCGCCGUGGUAACGCUCUGUCUUGCAGCAGGGAACAGCUGCCUGGACCCCUUCCUUUUCUUCUUUGUGGGAGAAAACUUCAGAGAUUUCUGUAUGAAAAAUGGUACGAGACAGAGGAGAGUUGUUAACAACACAGAGAGACAGAGGCUUCAAGUGCUGCAGCCCAUUGAAUUAACAGUAAAUUGAUCAACUUUACACCUUUUUGUAAACAUACCAAUAAUUUUGCAUUCAAUGUUUUUAUUUUUUACAUUUGCUUAUCUGGUAUUACAUUAUGAACUUUUGUUAUGGGUUGUGUCAGUCAUUUGUCUAUCUGCUUUAAAAUAAAUACAUUUCAAUAUGUAAA